CUUAGCCGUUCUGGCUCAGAGGGCCUCGAAGGUCCUCCUCCUCCUAUUGAGGUCAGCCGUUCCUGGCCCGGCACCCAGGGCCGCUGGCCGCUGUGCGCUCGCGCCGCAGGGCCCGGCAGGGAUGGCGGCGCUGUGCGGGGCUUUGGGCGCGGCUCCCGUGGCGCCGGCCGCGUGGACGGCGGCCCCUGUCUACCCGCAGGCAUGGCCAGCGUGGGCGUGGCGCCCUUCGUGCACGCCAGCCCCUGCUCGACCCCGCAGCCCACGUACGGACGCCUCAGCACCACGUACGCGGCGGCGUCCAGGGCGCAGGCGUGCCACGGCAGGCCCAGCGCAGUGGGCGGCGAGUGGCGCUUCCGCUCCGCCUCCCCGGGGGCCGCAGCCGGGGGCGGGCGUUGCAGCCGCGCCGCCGCACCCGAGGCCCGCGGCGCUUCGGGCGAGGUGCCAGCGCUGGCGGGCACCGGCUCGUGGGAGCUCGAGCGGGAGCAGGAGGAGCUCAAGGAGCAGCUCAAGACGAUGCGAUCUCAGCGGCGGAACCGGGCGCUGCGGGGGGAGCUCGAGGUGGAACGGUUGCUGUCGGAGCUGCAGGCGCUGCAGCAGAAGGAGCAGCACGCGCUGCGGCGGGAGGGGAGGGCGGACGACCUCCUCUGGCGCGAGGAAGUGCGCCUGGAAGAGGAUGGGGCCACCAGGUCCGCCAGGCUCACCUGCCAGCCGGCGACCGCGCUGCCGGACGGGGAGCGAGCACCCGCGUGGCAGCGGCGCCCGGCCGGGGAGGCUUCCGCGGGGCACCCCGGUGCGGCGCAGGCGUCGACGCGCCGGUGGCCGGGUUCGGCCCGCGGUACGGGCUGCGGGGUGGACCCCACGGCCUCUUCGCCCCAGCGCCGGCCGCCGGAGGACGGCCGCGACUCCCCCGACGGCGAGAGGUCGAUUCAGGACUCUCCGCACUCGGCGGUGCUGCGUGCAGAGACAGGAUCCUCGAAGCCGCCCCCAGCGGAGGCCGCAGUGAGGGGGCAGUCUGCCUCCAGCAGCGUCGCCACCGCGGAGGCAACUCUCGGGAGCUCCGCCGCGCUGUGCCGGCUGCGCCGCCAGGCGGCGGCAGCUGUCGCCGCGGAGGCCAGCGACUCCGCCGACUGCGCCGCUGGGCAGUGGCAGUUGGGUGCGGCGUGCGGAGCGGAGGUGUUUCCGCUGCCCGCUGGCGCAGGGCAAGUCGCGGCAGGCGUGCACCAGGCGCCCACAAUCAUGUGGACACCGAGCUCCAGCUCGCGGAGGCCGCAGCAGGGCAAGGGCAGCCGCAGCCGCGGCCACCAGCCCUGCCCUAUCAGGCCGCGCGCAGCAGCGCUGGUCGCGGACAAGGAAACGGGCCUGUCGCCAGCCGCCAGACUGCGCAAGGCUGCCAACACGGUCGGCGAGGCUGAGCGCAAGGCGGCAGGGGCGAGGACGGCCCUGCAGGCGGCGCAUGACAGGCUGGAGGAUGCCGAGCUGCGCCAGCGAGAGGUGCAGGAGCGCCUCAUUGAGCUGGAGGAGGAGGCAAGAAAGGCUAAGACGAGUCAGGAGCGGCUGCGGGUCUCGGACAGCGACUUGGAGGCCAUGCGCGGGUUCUUCCUGCAAUUGCGCACGCUCCCGACAGCACACUCUGCAGGCAACUUCGCCAGGGCCUGGGAGCUCACCAUGCAGCAUCUGCAAGCGGUUGAGUGGAUGCUCGCCCUGCAUGGGUCAGAAGCCACCUGCGACCAGCAGUCAGUGCCCCAGCAGCUCCUCGGCUCGGAAGCGACCUGCGGCGGCGUGGACUUCGCGGAGCUCGGCAGGAGAGUCGGCUCGCAGUGCGGUUGCGCAGGCAGCCCCUUCGCCCGGGGCCACUCUGGAGAGCCCUGGUUGGUCAACGGGCACCAGAUCAUGCAGGGCCAGGCCCUCUGCGGCACCGAGGCGCCGUUCAUGGUCUGCACGGCUUGCUACUUGCACGCCAGGACGCCCACGAUGGUGUGGAAGGGGCUCCGGGACGCCUGCGUCGGGGCGGGGCGGCCCCCUGGCACGAAGAAGCCGUUCGGCAAGCUGUUCCCCCCCACGGCGGCCAUCAAGAUGCCGCUGGCCGAGAAGCUGGGCGCUGUGGACCAAGGCGGCGACCCAGCGGGCCCCGCCAGCGCCGCCCGCUCGGAGCGAGACGCCGUGCUCAUCACGCCGCCCAUGGAGGCCGUUGCCCGCGCGCACGGGUUCGGCGACCUGGCGCAGGUGAGAGUUCAGCGCAUGAGCGCUGAGACUCCAACCUCUCCCCGCGCGGCGGCGAGGAUCUGCAGCACCUUCGCCCGCAGCGAUGAGCACCUCGAGAGGUUCUUCCGGGCCUGCUGCGGCUACGCGGUCGGGCGCGCGGGCUCCGACUCGCCGCAGGCGGAGGCGGCCGUGGAGGAGAGCACGGAGGACGGCGUCACCGAGGUGCAGACCCCAAUGAACUUUGCAGUCGUUGACUCUUUCACCCGGCUGGUGUACUGCAUGAUGAAAGGCUUGGACAAGGUCCAGAUCCUGACGCGAGCUCUGGGCGCCAUCACCAAGGAGCUCCAAAAGGAUGCCGCCGAGCAGGGCAGCAGCUUCAACCAGCGUCCGUACUACAGGCCAGGCCUUUGA